CCCCGCUCCGCAACCCGAAAAAGGAAGAUCUUGCCUGGCUCACAGCCAUCGUCCAGCUCAACGGGCAGCGAAUCAGACGAAGCAACGUCCAAGCAUCUUCUCACCUAUCUUUAGGCUUUUCUCGCCUCGUCUCCUCUCGAAGCGAGACUGUGAUCCCAGAUGAACGGUCUGCAAUAGUGCAAUCAACAGCCUGACUUGUCCAAAGCUUGGCAAGUGCAGGUCCGCCUCGAUUCAGGUCCCACGCCCCGUCCUGCAGCUUCCUCGGCAAGCCUGCGCAUUUGUCCUGCUGCCGCGGCAGCACCCGCAGCGGCGACGCAACCAUGGCGCCUUCGGCGGCCGACGAACCGGAAGUCGCCCUCAACGGCACGGCAUCCCCCGAAACGGACGGCAUGAUCGCAACGAGGGCACACUACGCGCCGCCCUGGGCCGAUGUCAGCAUCAUAGGCAUUGCUGGCAGCUCUGGCUCGGGCAAGUCGACACUGUCGCAUGCCAUCGUGAACAAGCUGAACUUGCCGUGGGUUGUCAUCCUGUCCAUCGACUCGUUCUACAAGAGCUUAGAUGCCGAGUCAUCAAGAAAGGCGUUCCGUAACGAAUACGACUUUGACUCGCCAGAUGCCCUAGAUUUCGAUGUGCUGGUAGAACGGCUGCGUGAUCUCAAAGCCGGGAAGCGCGCGGAGAUCCCGGUGUAUUCCUUCGAGAAGCAUGCGCGCCUGGACCGGACCACGUCGAUAUACUCGCCGCAUGUGCUUAUCCUCGAGGGCAUAUUUGCGCUUUAUGAUCCUCGAGUGCUCGAGUUGAUGGAUAUGAAGAUUUUCUGCGAGGCGGAUGCGGAUACAUGUCUCUCGAGGAGGAUAUUGCGCGACCAGAGAGACCGUGGCCGAGAUCUCGAAGGCAUCAUCAAGCAAUGGUUCACGUUUGUAAAGCCGAAUUUUGAGAAGUAUGUCAACCCUCAGCGGAAUGUGGCCGAUAUCAUCGUGCCUCGAGGUGUCGAGAACCAUGUGGCCAUGUCCAUGGUUGUCCAGUUCAUCCAGCAAAAGCUGCUCGAGAAGUCGACGCAUCACCGUGCAGCACUCACACGUCUGGAGCUCGAAGCUCAGUCGGCACCGCUCUCAGACAGGGUGAUCGUCAUGAAACAGAGCUCGCAGAUGCGCGGCAUGAACACCAUCAUCCACGACAUCGACACGUCGAGCGAAGAUUUUAUCUUCUACUUCGACCGCCUCACGGCGCUAUUAGUCGAGGAAGCGCUAAACAAGGUCCCCUUUGUGGCGUGGAACAUCACCACGCCGCAAGGGCACACGUACGCCGGCCUGCGACCGAAGGGCGAGGUGUCGGCCGUGAUCGUGCUCCGGGGCGGGGCGGCGCUCGAGGCCGGCCUGCACCGCUGCAUCACGGACUGCAAGACGGGCCGGGUGCUGAUCCAGAGCAACGUCCGGACGGGCGAGCCAGAGCUGCACUACCUGGUGCUGCCGCCGGACAUCGACAAGCACGAGGCGGUGCUGCUGCUCGACGCGCAGAUGAGCAGCGGCGGGUCGGCGCUGAUGGCGGUGCAGGUGCUCGUCGACCACGGCGUGCGGGCCGACAGGAUCGUCCUGGUCACGUACAGCGCCGGGCGCAUGGGCCUGCACCGGCUGACCAAAGUGUUCCCGGAGAUCACAGUCGUAGUGGGCCAGGUGGUGCCCGACAUUGAGGAGCGGUGGGUGGAGAAGAGGUAUUUUCGGUGCUAGCGUUAGCUAACGUUGGAUCUGGUCAUGAUCCGUCGGGGCAUGGUGUUGUGGACAGAUACAGGUAGAUAGGCGUUGUAGGGGGCCGGAGGCGGGUUCUGCAUUUGGCCUGGCGUUUCUCAGGUGCCCCCUUGCUGACUUGAUAGGACUGAAUGCAUGCCGGUCCUGAUACUCAUGCUGCGUCUGAUGGGGGCAUUUCUCGCCCGCUGACUGUUUACCUCCGUCGAGGGGCCCCCUC